GGUCCCUAUAUAUACCACUAAAACUAAAUGGAUGUGGAAUCAAAACAAGGCAACAAAUCCACCGGAAUGACACCGCCUCCAAAUUACGGAUCGCGAAGAGGAAGAAAUUGCUGCUUCAUCUGCCUCGCCAUCCUUCUCCUUUUGGGCCUUCUCUUCCUCAUCUUGGGCCUCACCGUUUUUAAAGCCAAAAAGCCUGUCAUUACCGUUAACUCCGUUUCUCUACGGGAUAUGGAUUUCUCCCUCGACAUCGUCAGGCUCCAAGUUCACCUCAAUGUCACCCUUCAGGCCGACCUUUCUGUCAGAAAUCCCAAUCGGGUCGGGUUCAAAUACGACUCUACUUCCGCCAUCCUGCAGUAUAAGGGCCAGGUCGUCGGAGAUGCCCCUAUUCCGGCCGGCGGGAUAGGUUCCCGUGAUACGCGUCCGAUGAAUAUUACCCUCACCGUAAUGGCCGAUCGAUUGCUUUCCAAUUCCGGUUUGUAUUCCGAUAUUCUUUCCGGUUCUGGUAUGUUACCCCUCACUACUUACGUGAAAUUGUCUGGGGUGGUCCGAGUUCUCUUCAAAAUCCACGUGAAAACUACCACUUCUUGCGAUUUGUACAUCGAUGUUCUUAACAGGAAGCUCGCCAACCAGACUUGUCAUUAUAAGACAAAGCUAUGAUUCUCUCUAGUACCACAUUACACGUGUUGAUUCGUUUCACUUGUUAGAUCUAGUAUGUAAUUUCUCUAGUACCAUAUUUGCGAUUUUCCCAUUAUCUUUGUUUGUAGUCUGUAUAUUAUAGUAAGAAAUUGAAUAACAAAAGACAUAGAAACGAUUGCUUGGUUUAAUUUUCCAAGAUGUUAGUAUGUAGUCCAACUUCUACUGAUCUGGUGAGAAAAGUAUCUCAGGUCUUUUUCUUAGCGUAUAUUUUAUCACCAACAACCAUAUGCUGAUGGAUGCAUUAUUUUUAGUUGGUUUUCUGAAACACAGCUAAAAGAUAUUGCAGAUGGGCUUAGUGAUGAGGUAAUUGCUGUAUCCGACUGCUUGAGACUAUUUACUUUGUUGCAUUCUUGUUGCUCAUCGUUUGAUGAGUUCAUAAUUAUGGCAGUUCAUGUAAACAAUUGCUUGAAACUAUUUACUUUGUUGCAUUCUUAUUGCUCGUCGUUUUGAUGAGUUCAUAAUUAUGGCAUUGUAUAUAUCCGACUGCUUGAGACUAUUUACUUUGUUGCAUUCUUAUUGCUCAUCGUUUGAUGAGUUCAUAAUUAUGGCAUUGUAUAUAUCCGACUGCUUGAGACUAUUUACUUUGUUGCAUUCUUAUUGCUCAUCGUUUGAUGAGUUCAUAAUUGUGGCAGUUUAUGUAAACGAUUGCCGAGAUUAUUUCAUCUUUUGUUAUUUUUCCGAAUUUCUUAAGAGACUUCAAACAUUAUAUAGUGCAACAAAUUUAAGUCUAUCCAAAAGCUCAGCUUCUUUCGGGUAUUUUAUAGACCAAAUACAUAUGCGGCCCAUUGUCCCUUUUUUUUUCAUUUGAACACCUAAACUAAGACAUGUUCCUAUUGAACACUUGAACUCGAGCCAAAUUGUGUCUAUCAAACACGUCUUGCGCUCCUACAGGGCAAACUAAACCAAACUGUGUGACACAUGGAAAUAUUUCUUUUAAAACAAAACCUCUCUUUUAUCUUUUUUAUUUUUUUCCUUCAGAAUCUCCUUCCCCCUCCCCCAGACCCCUCCUUUCGUCUUCUCUUUAGUCCUUACCCCUCCCCCUGCCCUUCUUCUUCGCGUCCUUAUGACUUAUCAAUAAUCACUUCUUUUAUUUUCUUUUCAAAAUCAACAAUCAAUUUCACCAUAUUGGAUUAAGUCAUGAAUAUUUUUCUGGAGAUGACUCCAAACACAAUGAUAAGAUAUUGGGUAUGGAAAUUUUGUGGAGAUUUCUUCGACGGAUUCUUUCUUGUUUUUAUAACUUCUCUCUCUUGUCCUUAUCUUCUAUUUUUUUGUCUACGUGGUAUACAUACAGAAAAUUACUCUCUAAGUUUCUGACUUUUGAUCAAUGAAAAAAGUAGAGCAAAAAGAAGGAAAAUAGUUCAUAUCAUUCUUCAAUAAAGAAUCGCCGGAGAUUGAAGAAUCUUUUUUUUUUCAUUUGACAGUAUGACAGUCGCCGGCACUAACAAUUGCGAUGAAGUUUUCAUGGUUGGUGUUAGGUAAUGCUCUGAUGGUGAAUGUGAACUUGGAAAGAUAGCUCGUUGGACAGUGACAACUUUCAGAAGUUGCAGUUGACAUAAAUGGUGGAAUUCCGGCGUGGACGAGAAAAUUCUGAAAAUUCUCAACUUAACUGUUAUGGAAUCAUCGAAGAAGGAGAUGAUGGAUGAAAGACAAUGCGGAUUACAUAAACAAUAUUUUUGUGUUGUUUUGUGGCUCAAAAAUGCAAAUUGCAAGAAGGUGGAUGGAGCCGGAGGGUGGUGGGGUGGUUGCUGGGAAGGAGAUUUUUUUUUGUUUUGUAAAUAAUGGCCUCACACGCUCAUAAUACGUGUGGCACACACACUGUGCCAUAUCACCAAAAUGUGUCUGAUAGGUACAAUUUCGCUCAAGUUCAAGUGUUCAAUUGGAACAAGACAUAAUUCAGGUGUCUAAGUGAAAAAAAUGAGCAAGUUUAAGGGGCUGCUUAUGUAUUUGGCCUAUUUUAUAUGUUUCCCCGUGACUGCAUGUGGGAGAGAUAAUUAAGGACGACUUAUGGCCCAAUCCACUGACAUAUUUUAACAACGUAACAUGUUUCCUUCCAUUCUAGGUUAUGUGACGUGAUUUCCAUCCUUCUUUCUUCUUCAAGCUAAGAGAAACUUGUGCUUUGUUUGUAGGAAGCUGAUAAGGAAGAUUCUGAUGGAGAAGAGGACGAUGAAGAGGUAAAGUAAACAUUGAUGAGAUUAAACUACCUUCCUUUUUAUAGUUGUUUGAUAUGGAGCUUCUGGUUUUUGUGCUAAGCUUUUCUGACUUGCCUAUUGGAUUUUCUGAUUCUUUUUUGGGUUAAAUUUACUAUGAUGUUGUUCUGUCCUUUUGUGCAUUCCUAUCUCACUGUUCCUUAUUAAAAUUUAAAACAUUUAUUCGCAAAAUAGAUGGUGCAUGUGUCAUGAAACAAACACAGACAGAUGCAUAAUUAACUGUCUCCAAAAUAAAGUUUUUGGUUAUCUGGGUUAGCCAUUUUAUAUUUGGAUUUUUAUUGAGCUUGAAUUUUCUCAACCUAGGCACUACUACUGUUGAAUCUUGGCUCUGACCAUAACCUUUUCCUUUUAAAUGCUACAGCCAGUACUACAUAAGUUUCAUAGAGACAUGGAAAAUGAUGCAUUGUGAUGAAGUUGACUGUGUUUGGAUUUCUUCGGAGAUAGUGAUGAAACAUGGGAGUGUCAAUGAUCAUAGUACCGGUAAAUCUGAUGAUUCAUUAAAUCGUUAAGAUGAAAGAAGGAUGUUCAUGUAUCCAAAAGGUGAUGGGGACAUAGGCAACUAGUAACGAGAGUGUAAGUUGAGGGAUUAGGGGAAGUAACCUAAAAAAAAAUUCUGCUGAAGAAUCUGCACUUUUAGAGGUAGUUUAGUACCUUUUGCUUCCACGAUACAGAGAUUGACUUUAUCCCGAACACAUAUAUUCAUCUUUUACCAUCAAGAAAGUUGAUAAGGAAGGGAGUUGGGGCAAAUUGGGAAACAAACCUACCCCUCUACUUUCAUAUAUUGUCUACAUAUCAAGUGGACCAAAAAGAACAACAAGUGAUUUAAAUAAAAGGAAUUUGGAAGAUUUUGGAUUACUUAACAGAUCAAGGGUUAUUUUUAAAACUUGCUGAUUGUAGGGGUAAAUUUGGCCCAAUAGUAUAACGGUAGGGGUAAAUUUGGCCCGAUAGUAUAACGAAGGUUAAAUGCAGACACUAUAUGAAAGUAGAGGGGUAUAUUUGGCCCUUUUUAUCAAUGCGGUCCAAGCUUUAGCAGAAGUCAAAGCUAGGAAAUUGAAUAUGAAAUACCUAAUUGUUUGUUUGUAUGACUUCUCCUGAGGAAACAAGACCUUACAGAAAACUAGCUCAUCACAUCCAACCAUAGGUAAAUGAAUUAUGAUUUUAGGUGUGUGAUGGUUUGCUAUAGAAUUGCCUCUCGUCUAUGCAUCCUGCAGAAAGGAGUUGUCCGAUUCGGACAACAGUCAAAUAAGUGUUUUACAUCUAAAGUUACAUAUAAUUAUGUUCACAACUUGUGUUACAGGCUUGGUGUUAUUUACAUAACGAAGGUUGAAGAUGAAUUACCUUAAGGAGAUUGAAAAUGAAUUGCCUAAAUGCUUUAUGCUUUUCAGCUAUUGUUGUAUAUGCUAUAAUCUGAAAAUGCUAUGACAGUUGAAGUUUGGUGGUUAUAACAUCUUAUAUAGUGGGCUUUUCAACUAAUCUUUUAUUCCUAUCAACCAGGUAAAUGUGGAUGAUGAGGAUGAUUGUUGAACUCUUCAUCAUCUCUUUAAAUUUAUCCCUUCUUCCAAACUUUGCUCAUAUCAGUGUCAAAUAUAAUUUUCAGUUGAUAAGACAGUUAAAAAACCUAUUUUGUAGCCAGCCAACUUCUGUUAGAUUUACCUGUGAUGAAUAUGGUAGCUGUUUUCGUGCCCGGAAACUCUUUAGUCCAAGCCUCAUUUGAUUGGCAAGUUGUACUUUUCGUUAGUAAGCAGGACUAUGGUGCUCCACAAUGUGUGUUAGGUUAAAAGCUGCUCUUUGCUCAGUGAUUCACCCGCCACUGGCCACUAGAUCCAGGAUAUUCACCUUAUUUUCAGAUCUGGUGGCUCGGUUGAUUCGCGGCUUUUUUCCUAUUCCCUUCCCAUUUUUCUUAUAUAGUCCGUUUUUCAAGUAAUUAAUACGCCAGCGCCUACUUGUGUUUGGUUGAAAAGCUCCAUACCCCCCCUUUCUUUUCUUUUUUUUGCUGGGAAGAGGUUAGUCUCAAAGGUAAAGGAAAGUAGUUGAUUUGAUGUUCUCCAAAAAACGACAAUCUCCCUGUAAGCUUAUCUCUUGCAUAUGAAUUUUCUUGAUGGACA